AUGGCGCCCACGAAGAAGGAUGAGAAGGAAAAACAAGUUAAACCAAAACUUCCUGUGACCUGUAACUGCUUCAGCAUUAGUAAUGGAGAGGUGCAGGAUGUUGGUGUUGGCCUUUAUCCCAGCAUGUCUUUGCUGAACAACAGUUGUGAUCCAAACUGUGUAAUAGUCUUCGAGGGUCCGCAGCUCUACCUUCACUCAAUCCGGGAGAUUCAGAUAGGUGAAGAGCUCACCAUCAGCUAUAUUGACACAAUGAUGCCCAGCACUGAACGUCAGCAACAACUGAAGCGUCAAUAUUGUUUUGAAUGUGACUGUCUUAUGUGCUCCACACAUAGCAAGGAUGCUGUCAUGUUGGCAGGUGACGAGCAAGCUUGGAAAGAAGUCAAGGAAGCUAUAAAUAAAAUGACAACUCCCAAGUCACAACAAGAAUGGAAGCAGGCUCUGGUGAAAUACCAGACAUUGUUAAAGAACACCAGUACUCUUCUCCCAGACACAAAUAUCUACCAGCUGAAACUACUUGACCUUGCCAUGGAUGCCUGCAUAAACCUUAGUCUUUUGGAGGAAGCUUUGCUUUAUGGCAACAGAACUUUGGAGCCCUACAGGUUUUAUUAUUCUGGAUUCCAUCCUUUGAGAGCUGUCCAGCUGAUGCGAGUGGCCAAAUUGCAGUACAGCCAGGACAUGUUUCCUCAGGCUCUGGAAACCUUGAAGCAGGCUUACGACAUCAUGACAGUGACUCAUGGGGCAGAGCACAGCUUAGUGCAAAACUUGAUGAUGCUUAAGGAAGACUGUGAGGCUGGCAUAACAGCAAAGAGUGGCCUACAGACCUGAAGAACGGUGCUCUGCCCAAAGGAGGCCAAGAGAAGAUACUGAAGAAAGCAAAUCUACUUCUAGACAAGCAACCUGGCAGUGAAAUCUUCAUGGGUAUAAUUGGGGGUGGGUGGGUUUCUGUUUGCUAUGU